GCGGACGGGUGCAAAAUGGCGGGAAACUUAAACGUCGUGGCGUUCGGCCGACCACGGUUCAACGGUCUUCGACGCGAUAAUCUUAUCGCGUCGAGCGUCGUGAUUAUCGUGUCAUGUCGCGUGGUGCCGUGCACUCGUCGCUCAUCCACGCUCUUUCUGCACGGCUUCCAACUCUCGAACAAUCUCGAGACAUCGACAAGCGCGCGCGCGCGCGUGCGACUCCGUAACAGACGUAUGGAACAGUCGACGGAGGAGAAACCGACUCCGACGAAAAACAAACGAAGCGGCAGCAAGAGGCUUUCUACUCUCGAGAGGACCGCUCAGGAAGGCGAGGCGAUCAUAAAGGGCAUGAACAAACCCGUCGUUGAGGUAGAAGGCAGAAGACGCACUCGCAGUUCAGCCAGAGGCCUAACUUCGACAACGCCAGUACCAUCGCCACCUAAGAAAGAGAAGAGGGAAACAUCGACGCGGGGCGGCGGCGGUGGUGGUCGCGGACGUGGACGUCCUAAGAGGCAGGAGAAGAACAAUGAGAACAACACGGACGAAGAAACGUCCAAUAACAAAAGCGAAAAGCACACGGAAGAUGAGUCUACAAAGAUGGAGAUAGAUGAGGAGAAGGAGGAGAAAGAGGAGAAAGAGGGCAAGGUGAUACAAAACGAAGACAAAAACGCAGAGGGCGUAGACAGUAAAGAUAGUAAAGAUGCUGAGAAAGUGGCCGAUGCAAAUUCCAAGGACGAGAAAGUGACGGAGGAGUCAGAGAACGUGAUGGAUGAAACUAAGAGCACUGCUCCUAGUGAAGAAAAGAAGCAGGAGGAAAUGAAGGACAGCUCGGACUCGAGUCAAGAUGCGACAGACACAGCAGCAGAAGCGCCGCCUUUAUCAUCAUCAUCAUCAUCGGAGUCCCAGAAUCCCUCCAACACUGUUACUACCGAGGAAAACAAGGAAUAACCUCCCUUCGCCUGUUUUACCACUACUUUUAUGAGGUACCAAGGCGGCGCACAUAUUGGGGUCACACAAAUCCAGUCCCCCUCGUCUAUUUUAACUAAUUAACACCUUCUUGUCGAUCGUUGCUUCAACCAGCGCAUUAAAGUUCCGCUUUUAUUUUGUCAUCUUUAGAGGUAACGCAGCUUUCUGAAAAAUAUAACAAAAUGCUGUAGAGCCUACGUUAGCAUGAAUUAGCGUUGAAAUGGACUCAUUUUCUCUCUCUCUCUCUCUCUCUCUCUCUCUCUCUCUCUCUCUUCCGCUAUAUUUUCAUAGAAAAAAAUUCCAAAACGAUUAUAAUCUAUAUUAAGCUGGGAAUAUGGAUUUUUACAUAACAUAAAAAAAUUUACUAAUUGGAAUCCUUUACUUCCCUUUUUAGGAUAGAGAUAAAGGACUGAUUGGUAAAUUCUUUUAUAUAUUAUGCAUUAAAUGCGCAAAAGUCUAUGCUCCUGACUUUAUUAUAGUACCCUGAGAAGAUUAUAAUAAUCUCAAUUAUUGAUUUAGCGUUAAUUGUCGAUGUAAUUUGAUCUUAUAAUAUAUUUGAUUUUAACUGUUUAGACAGUUUUUAAAUCAAUUUUGACUCUUCGUGCUGUUUCUUUCUGCUUUAUUACUAUUAAUACCUUCAAGUAUCACUUGUAAGGCUUGAUCGCCAGAUCAAUUUUUCUUUAACCUGAUGAUUACAACAGAUGUUCUUUUAUGGUGUUCUAUAUGUAGAAUGUAUAUUAUAUUUAUAUAUUUUAAAUUUUAUUCUGUUUUUGUCGAGUAAUAUAAAAAUCUUGUCAUUGCGCUGGUUAAUUAGCGAUAAGCAACGCGAGGUGUAGAGCAUACGUUGUUCAUGUACAAUGAUAAUAUUAUUGUAAAAUAUAUUUAAUAUGGACUUAUAUAGAGAGAAGUUGUUUUCAAAUCAGAGCUGAUAUCCAGGUUCUAUAGCAUAACGCCUAUGAUUCAGAUCUGAUGUGGAAGUAGCUAAAGAUUAAUUCGUACAUAGCAAAUUACUGUAAUACCUUUAUCGUAUAUAAAUAGUGACUGAAUGAAGUGGAAUAUAUGAGAACUAUGGUGAAAUGAUUUCUCUUUUUCAUGGAUUAAGCGGAAAUAAAAUUUCUGAGAAACGCGUUGCAGCGUCAUCUAUGUUUUCCUCCCUCGCAUAAGUAUCUAUUAAUGUUUAAUUGAUCUAAUCCUUAUUUUCUCCUCUAAACUAACAUUUCAACAGAUUGGUUUUUUUUACUCCUCAAAGUGAUCUCAGAAAAAAGUGUUGGUUAUCAAGUGGAAAUUUCUCACUGUCAUCUCAUUCGCUCGAAAUCAUUGAUUUUUUUAUUGCGAGAUCUUUCAGCGCAUCCCUGUUUUUAUUAGUCCAAUAUUAAAUAUGUUAAUAUUAUUGUGUAUUUGAACUGUGUUGCGAAUGUACAGAUUAGAUUAUACAAUUGAUGCACUUAUAUCUAAAGGGACUCGCACACACUUGAGACACCAAUAAUACGCGAAUCUAAUAUAAUAUCAUGUCAUACUAUGUAAAUGUGUGCAAUGAAGAGAUUCUCGUAGAAACGCGGGGAUCUCGCGAGGAUGCAAUGAAAAUUAUCAUUAUGUACUACGCGAUAAAACUUGAAGGAUUUUCAGACCUUUAAUACCAAAUAGGUUUUGAUCUUAUACACCAAGUAUAUAACAGCACGAAUAUAAAUAUUUCCUUGUAAGUUGCACUUCCGAAGGAUGUUUAACGAUACUGUACGUAACGUUACGAAGAAUAGGAUCUUAUCAUUCCAUUUGUCUUUCUUUUUUUUUGUUUUGUUUUGUUGUAUCAAUGAUAUGACAAAAGAUUCACGAGUAUGUCCACCUGAGAUUUUCGAUUGUAAAUAGUGAAGAUCAAGUGUAAUAUACGUGUAAAUAGUUUAACCUUAAGCUUCGUGUAUCACACUGGACCUUUUCUUGAUUACCUUGUGAAAUCUCAGUUGUUAGAGUGCCUCUAGCGUUAGCACGUUGUAUGAUAUACGAGCGUAGAAUUCCGCCAAUUAAAAUCAAAACCAAGCCCUGUAAUAGCGAGUUUACGUAAACUUUACCGCUUUUAAGAUGUAUCGUAGAGAUAAAAUUUUCUUUUUUGUAUGUAUAUCUUACAUGGGGGAGAUUAUUGUACGGUUCGAUAUUAGAAUUUCUAUGAAAUAUAUAUGCAUAUGUAAGAGUG